AGUGACAGAAAUAGCAAUAUGUCCCACGCAUUUGUUUAUGAAGAGAAGAGGCUGAAACAGAGGGAUCUGUUCUACUUCAUAUAAUAUUCCAUUGCCUAAAUUUCUGGGGGACAUAUUCGGGUUUUGACCACAUUCUUAUUGUCACUUCAGUUAAUAGUAAGACAAGUUGCUAACAUGUUGUUCGCUGGCCUAUUAGUAACCUUUAUAGUUCUCGGAUGUUUUCUAAAUCUUCUACGAAAAUAUUUGAAAUUACUGUCGGAUUGCAGACACCUACCAAGCAUGAAGAGUUGGCAUAUAAUCGGUGAUGUACCAAAACUGAUCGGAAAUAACAAAGCCUUUUAUAGGUGUAUCAUGCAAUCCGCAGAAGAAUAUCGGGAACAUGGUCUAUUGUGCCUCUGGCUUUGUUUCCAGCCAGUCAUUCUUGUCUUCAAAGAUAAAUAUGUACAUGAUGUGAUCGGCAAUACGAAACAUAUAGAAAAAAGUUUUUUCUAUAAAUUGUUAGAACCUUGGCUAGGAAAUGGUCUGCUCACAAGUUCAGGAUCAAAAUGGUUCAAAUCGAGGAAGAUGUUGACGCCAUCCUUCCAUUAUAACAUUUUGAACAAUUUCCUUACUGUAAUGCAGAACCAAUCAAAUAUACUGUGUAAGAAACUAGACAAAAUGGUCGGUAAGGGAGAAUUCAAUAUUCGCCCGUAUAUUACAAAUUUUGCUUUGGAUACUAUAACAGAAACUGCCAUGGGUAAAUGUGUGAACGCACAAGGCAACGAACAUUCAGAAUAUAUUGAAAGUGUUAGCAGGAUAGCUGAUCUAAUUACUUACCAGUCAAAAUCACCGUGGUUGUGGCCACAGUUUCUCUUCAAUUUGCAUCCUUACGGGAAAGAAGCAGCUAAAUGCUUGAAAUACCUUCAUGAUUUCACGGAUAAGGUGAUUGAAGAACGCAGUGCACUCUAUCUAAAAGACGCGAAGCAAAAAACUGAUAAUGAAGAGGGAGACACACAGAGAAAGAAAAUGGCUUUUUUAGAUACGCUCCUUGAUCAUUUACACAGAGGGGAAAUAGACAAAAAGUCAUUGAGAGAAGAAGUAGACACAUUUAUGUUCGAGGGUCAUGAUACAACGGCUGCAGGAAUUAGCUGGACAUUAUACUUCAUAGCCGCUUAUCCAAAUGUACAAAAGAAGUUACAGAAAGAAGUCGAUGAUUUUUAUGGUGAAAAUGAAGAACUCACACUGUCAAAUAUUAAGAAACUGUUCUAUUUGGAAUGUAUUAUCAAGGAGGUUCAACGUCUUUAUCCAUCUGUACCAAUAAUUGGACGUGUGUCUGCUGAGGAUUUCAAAAUUGGUCAUCAUGAAGUAAAGAAGGGUACUCCUAUCUCAAUAGUGAUUGCUUCUCUACAUAGAGAUCCCCAAAACUUUCCAGACCCAGACACAUUCGAUCCUGAUAGAUUUCUUCUAGAAGAUACCGACAGGUCACCGCAUGCCUUUAUACCAUUCUCAGCAGGGCCUCGUAACUGCAUAGGUCAGAAAUUCGCUAUGUUAGAGGAGAAAGUCGUAAUAUCACGAAUCAUCCACAAAUUUAAUCUUGAAACGACACAGACAAUAGAAGAGCUUGAGCCAUCUUUUGACUUGGUACUCAAUCCUUCCAAUGGUAUUCGUAUCAAACUUAGCCACCGAUAACUGCUGUAAUCAUAGCAACCCAGAUGUAAUACUAAAACGUCUUCAGGUGUUAUUUUCAUCAAGAAAUAUUUUCUCCAAAUUUAUAUGAUUUAGAAUCGUUAAACCGUCGGAACACGU